UGCUCCCGAAGCCCCGCCUGCCCGCGGUAGUCAUUCAGUAAGCGUUCCUAAGAUUGGAAGAGCGGCGGCGGCCCAGGUCGGGUCAGAGGCCCCGGGUCCUCCUGGCGUUCCUGCGGUGGCCCAUCCUGGUUGGCUGAGCCUGCCCUGCUCCAGGGACUGUCCAGCUUCUGGGUCUGCGUCUCCCUGACCGCCUUUCCCUGGGAAGAUGUUCCUGGUGGGCCUGACGGGGGGCAUCGCCUCGGGCAAGAGCUCCGUCAUCCAGGUGUUCCAGCAGCUGGGGUGCGCGGUGGUCGAUGUCGACGUCAUCGCCCGGCAAGUUGUCCAGCCGGGAUGCCUCGCCCACCGGCGCAUCGUGGAGGCCUUCGGCACCGAGGUCUUGCUGGAGAAUGGUGACAUUAACCGCAAGGUCCUGGGGGACCUGAUAUUUAACCAGCCCGACCGGCGACAUCUGCUCAACACCAUCACCCACCCUGAGAUCCGCAAGGAAAUGAUGAAGGAGACCUUCAAGUACUUCCUUCGGGGGUACCGCUACGUGAUUCUGGAUAUCCCCCUGCUGUUUGAGACCAAGAAACUGCUUAAAUACAUGAAGCACACGGUGGUCGUCUACUGUGACCGGGAUACACAGCUGGCGCGGCUGAUGCGGCGGAACAACCUGAACCGCGAGGACGCGGAGGCUCGCAUCAACGCCCAGCUGCCCCUGAAGGACAAAGCCCGCAUGGCCCGCCACGUCCUGGACAACUCGGGCGAGUGGAGCAUCACCAAACGCCAGGUCAUCCUUCUGCACGCCGAGCUGGAGCGCUCUCUGGAGUACCUGCCGCUGCGGCUCGGGGUCCUCACGGGCCUGGCCGGCAUCGCCAGCCUCCUCUACCUGCUCACCCGCUACCUCCUGCCUUCCCCCUAGCUGGGCACGGCAGGGCAGGGAGCCCCAGCCUCAGUGUCCUCAGAGGCUGAAGCUAGGUGACGAAUGCCUCCCGUUUCCACUCACCCCCCCUCAACACACUCUCUUUCUCCUUCCCUCUCUCUCUCUCUCUCUCUCUCUCUCUCUCUCUCUGUCUCUCUGUCUCAGCUGGAGCCCUGCACUGGGCUGCCCCCUCCUCGGGGCGCAUUCUCUCUUGAGGCCAAGAGACAGCUGUCGGUAGAUACUCCUUCCCACCUUCCCCGGGACCCCUCGCUCUGGGACCACCUACGGAACAGUGUCCACAACGAGACAUGGAAGCAAUCAUGGGAAACUGUUACACGUGGGCGGGGGUAAGGAACAUUGUCUGUCUGGCCGUCAUCCAGUGUUUAAAGUGGGGGGCUCCCUGGGCCUGGACCCUCUCUAGCACACGCCCCACUGUGGCCAAAACCACCUUCGUGAAUCAUGGCAGAUCAUUUUGGACCACAGGCUACCACCCCCAAACCUGACUCUUCCCUGGGUUGAUGCCCUUGGCCAGGAUACAGUGAGGUUCCCUGCGGGUGAUGCAGUGGUGGGCAGAGGCCCGGCCCCUUCUGGGAGGACCCACUGUCCCACCUCGGCGUUUGUCCGGCACUCCUCUCGCCCUGCUCGCCACCUCCCACCACUCUCUCCCUUCCCCUCCACAGACUCCUAGCCCUGAACUCUUGGUUGGUAGUCCACGGGCAUCGGACUGUUCCUGACCUCCGUGCCUUCACCACGCUCUUCCCUGACCCGGAAUCCCCCUUUCUCCCUCCUGUGACUGGCUGACUCCCAGCUCAGGUGUGGCCUGAAGCCCCAGGCUGGGCUAGGUGCUCUGGGAUACCGCCAUCCCCAUGUUCCGUCUGAGUCCGCAGUGUAGCCAUCAGCCCCACACUGCUGGUCUGGUCUCUCUCACUAGACUGGGCGCCCGUUGCGGGCAGGGACUGUCUUAUUUAUGUCUGUUCCCGGUGCGGAGCCUGCAUCGCCGUCGGUGCUUAAUAAUAAAGUGUGUUGAUCUG